AUGGAAAUUCUGAAUCGAGACGAGACCUUCUGGGCUCCGGGAACGGUUGCACUGGAAGACAUUCACCGAACAAGAGACCAGGUAGUUCUCUUCCCCACACCCUCAGCUGACCCUAAUGAUCCACUCAAUUGGUCCACGGCUCGCAAAGCCCUCAAUUUCACGCUGGUGAGCUUCUUUGUCCUGUGGACCUUUGUUCAGCUGGACAUCGGCUUCACCGCAUGGGGCCCCAUGGAAACAGAGCUCGGCAUGAGUGUUGACAUUUUGAAUGCUGGCGCCGCCGUCAAUUACGGGGGUCUUGCCGUGGGAUGCAUCUUUUUUAUUCCUUUGGUCCAUAAAUUCGGCCGUCGGCCGAUCUACAUUCUCAGCUCUGCUCUCCAAUUUGCAUCAUGUAUCUGGCAGGCCCGAACUAACACCGUCGGGGAUCUUAUUGGAAGCAACUUGAUUUCCGGGCUGGGAGGUGCAAUUAGCGAGAUCGUCGUGCAGAUCACUGUUGCUGAUAUGUUCUUCGUUCAUGAGCAUGCCACGAUGAAUGGAUGGUUUGUCAUCUUCCAAUCCACGGGGGCCUUCCUCGGUCCCGUCGCUUCGGGGUAUAUCGUAGUAUCACAGGGAUGGAGAUGGAUGUGGUGGUGGUGCGUGAUAUUCUUUGGAGUGACCCUGCUCUGCGUGGUUUUUCUUUUCGAGGAAUCGAAGUACAUCCCCGAGGUCAACGGUCAGGGUGUUUCUUCCGCGCUUCAAUUGGGUUCGGCAGAUGCCCCAGAACCAGGUGUCAAACACAAAACAUCAAUCGGUAACGAGGAUGCCAAAAAGACGGCGACAACUCGAGUCGCUACAAAUCCUGAAUUCGAGCUGAAGUCAUAUCGCCAGCGAAUGGCCUUGGUCACCGUAACUAACGAAUCGCUCUGGCCUCAUUUCUACCAGCCAAUCAUCACGUUAUUUACCUUCCCGGCUGUUGCAUACGCGGCCAUCACAUACGGAGCCACCUUGAGCUGGUUUGCCAUCAUGACUUCGCUCCAAGCCUCCUACAUGCUCCUGCCUCCAUACAACUUCGACGCAAUAGGCGUUGGCUUGAUGAAUGUUGCGCCCUUUGUUGGCGCCGUCUUGGGCUUCCCCUGUGGCGGAUACUUGAGUGACAAGUCCAUUUUGUGGCUGUCUAAGCGCAAUGGCGGAAUCUACGAGCCAGAGAUGCGUCUCUGGCUUGCUCUUCCCGUGGCCAUUAUAAGCCCCGCGGGCAUUUUGAUGUUUGGCCUCGGGCUUGCUUAUGUGAGUUUUGCUGGCUCAACAUGA